AUGAAUUAUCAACAAGAGAAAAGAAAUUCAGUAAUAAGACAAGAUAAUGUAAGAGGCUCUAUUAAUUAAACAUUAUAAUCUCCUCAACAACAAGAAGUUAUUUAAAGCAACGAAAGACAUACUGGGUGUAUAGAGAGGAUGAGGAUACUAACAUAAGAAUUGCAACGAAUGACAGAAGCACUAAGACAAAAAAACCAAGAAGUUAUGUAUUUGUAAUAAGAAUUACAAUAUGCUAAACAAAAUUAGGUAAAAGAUACAAAAAUUUAUAUUUAUAGUAAAAUAAUCAAGGCAAUGAAGAAUUACUCCAAAAAUUGCAGUUGGAAAGGUAGAAGUUAGAUCAAUUCAAAUAAAUGAAAGAUUAACAAUUAGGAGAAUUAGAAACAGAACUAAAUAAAGUACAUAAAGAAUUGAAAGACGAAAGAUUAUAGAAGCUUGACUAUGUAAAUCGUUAUUAGAAAUAAUGUGAUGAAGUAGUAAGAUUGUAAAAAGAACUGGAAAAAGCAAAUCAAUAAACUAUGAAUUCAAAUGAAAUAGAUUAAUUGCAUGCACAUAUAGAUGAUUUACAGCAUGAAAAUGAUGAAUUAAGAUUAAAUAUGAAUAGUCUCUCAAACAAAGUCUAACAAUAGCAAUAAUAAAUUGCCAUUCUGGAAGAUUAACUGACCCAAUAAUAAUCAUUCCAAUCAUCAAAAUUACCUCCAUCAGGACCUACAAGUUAUUAAAUACCACAAAUGUAAUAUUAAUAGCAACUUUAACCUCAGACAUCAAAUUAUUAGAAGACAACUACCUACACUGUUGAGAGCAAAGGAACCAACAAACCAACUGAAGUUAAGAAAUAAGUAGUCUCAACAGUCAAUGGAAAAACAGAUAUUUAUGAAUAUUCUUCAUAAGACCCUCUAAAUCCUAAAGAGUCUAUAAAUUCUAAAUUUGAUUAGAUUAAUUAGAAAGUCAACUAGAAUUUUGAAGUGAGAAAUUCAUAAUUGCAAAAUAAUACAUCUGCUUCCUAAUUGCAAAGAGGAUCUAAAUAUUUACCUGAAGCAUAUCAAAAAGAAUUCACAGAAUUUAAAAGCAAAAUAGAAACUAAGCCUGUAACAGAGUAUAAAACCACAACUGUUACCAAAACAAACAAUAAAUAUUAAAAAUAUUGA